AUGGAUAAUGAGGACUACCGACACAAUAAGCUGCAGGCAGAGCAGCAAAGACUUUAUAUUAUAUUGACUUCUGAAGUUGUGGGAGUUGCCUCGGGGCUCGCUCUUGCUCCCUGCGCUGUGCAGGCAGGGCUGAGUUAUCUUGCAUCAGAGCAGUGGGUGGAAGCUCUGAGGUUUCUGCUGUCAACCAAAGAGCUUUUUUCAGUGUUGGGUGCAGGUGCUGAAUGGGGACUCAGGGCAGGAAGAGAGCACUCCUCUGACGCAGCAUCUGAGCUCGGCCCAACAAGUGAAGAACGCAGAGACAGGUUUCUUCACUCCAUGCAUCUUUCUGACAUGCAGCAGAGCCAGCAUUUUAUCUACCCGCAGGUCUUCUGGACAAGCAGCAGUGCAGUUUCUAGCUCUGACUGUGCCCCAACAAGGUUGUGCCCCAAUGGGACUGUGCCCCAUCAGGAUAUUUGCCUGCCUUUGCCAGAAAGGAAAAAGCAGAGGCACAACAACAGAGAUGGUACACGGCUCUGUUUCCUAGUGGUUGUUCUGCUGACCCUGCUAGCUCUCACUGGGGUUGGGUUAGCAAUGUUUCAGAUUUACCAUCUGCAGCAGGAGCUUGAUGCACUGAGAGAGCUUUCCACAUCUGGACAUGUGCCUCAAUCUCCAGAGAUGCUCAAAGGAUUUCUGAAUGGGUCAGCAGAAAAGAAAGUCAAGAGGAGAGCACAUUUAACAGGCAAAGCAAAUCAGCAAUCUCUUCCACUGGAAUGGGAAAGUACCUAUGGACAUGCCUUCAUCUCUGGUGUUCAGUAUGAAAACAGGGGUCUAGUGAUUGACGAAGCUGGCCUCUACUUUGUGUACUCCAAAGUGUUCUUCCGGGGUCGGGCCUGCACCGCCCAGCCUCUUAACCAUGUCAUCUUCAAGAGAAAUCCAGCUUAUCCCGACAUCCAGGUGCUGAUGGAGGACCAAAAGAUGAACUACUGCAUGACAAUGCACAUGUGGGGCAAAAGUAGCUACUUGGGUGCCUUGUUCAACCUUUCCAGGCAGGACAGUGUGUAUGUGAGUGUCUCUGAAGUUAAACUGGUGAACUUUGAAGAGUCAAAAACCUUCUUUGGUUUAUAUAUGCUUUAGAAAAAGCAGCAAACAAGCCUUCAUCAUAUAGGCUACGUGGGAAUUCUGAGCAACAUGAGCACUA